CACCACGUCACACCUCAAAGGCGUGCACACAAAGCAUCAGAGUUGGCUCUGAUAGCGGCGCUCGCGUGAGCGCUACAUUGGGGUACAUGUCAAAUGAGUCGGACGAGCAUGGGCAUUCAUAACCCUAACUCCUGACGGACGUAACAUCCACGCGCGCCCCCACUCCCCGCUAUAUACAGCUAACAUAGUGGCUUGCCAUUAAUUACAACUGUAUUAAUUGCUGCAUGAUGGGUCGCGCCACACCCUGCUCGUUAGGACUAUUUUUGCUCGCACUUGCGAGCGUCCUGCUUUGCGGCUAUGCUAUGACGAAGGAUGAGCAGGCAUUGCUAGAUUGGGUUAUUGCUGAGGGCGGCGAACUGCGGGUGACGAUUUCCCGCGAUGAGGCGGGGGUGCGGGGCCUUUACACCACGCAGCCAGUGAAGAAGGGCGAGGUAAUAGUCUCCAUCCCUCAGCACAUCGUCCUCAGCGUGAAGAAUGUGGCAGCUGCGGAAGCCUCCCCCCAGCUGCUCAAGGAGAUUCACUCGCCCUGCUCACGGCUCAGACCGUACCUGGACACACUGCCUGGGCCUGACGGGGUGCUCACGGCGUACAACUGGCCUGAGGAGUACAUCAAGUACCUGGCCGACCCCGCGAUGGAGGAGCAGUUGAAGAACUCCUUCAAGUUGCACGCGCGCAACACGUGGCUCGGGCACAACGACGAUGAAAUGGAGGUGACCAUCCCAGAGGCCAUCGGCCGCAAGAACAUUACAUUGAAGGAGUGGGAGCACGUUGUGUCACUGCUGAGCUCGCGGACGUUCAGCAUCCGCAAGGGCGCCUUGUCGCUGGUGCCCGUGCUAGAUCUGGUCAACCACGAUGUGCGGGACAUCAACCAGCUCGGCAACAGCAGCACUGUCGAUCUGGUCGCCGGCAAGGACCUGGCUGCUGGCGAGCAAGUGACCAUCACCUACGGCUCCAUGCGCAAUGACGAGCUGCUCAUGUACUAUGGGUUCGUUGACACGGUGACGGAGCCGCCCCGCCUGUUCUCCGUUGACCACCGCGAUUUCAAGCUGUACGAGGCCAACCCGCUCAGCGACAGUCCGUUGGAAGGCCCGCCGGAGGUGCUGCGGACAGAGCUGGCGCGUCUGCGUGGCAUCCUCACCGCGUUUGAGGCCAGACUGGACGGGCUGGGCCCAAUUCCCGACACACAGCCGUACGUGGCGUCGCUGCUGCGGGACGCACACGACCGGAGGCGGCGCGCGCUGCAUGCGGAGAUAGGCCGCCUGGAGCAGCAGCUGCAAGGGGCCAGCGGCAGCGGCGGCGAGGAGCUAUAGGGGCUGCGUGUGCCGUCCACGUACACGGGGUGUCGCGACUUCACAGAAUUUAGGGAUAGCUGGAUGGCUACACGUCACCGAAGCUGAUGGGCGCGGGGGUAAGUGUACCUCGUGCGUACACGCGUCGGCAACCGGAUUGCACUGCUGAACUGUUGGAACCAAUUUUGUUCAAGCCCGGGCAUGAAGCCGUUGGGCUUGGGGUCAGCCGUGUCGACUCGGGCGUGCAACCUGCAGAUGUGUACGGGUGACCUUUCGUGGGGCUUGACAUGGUCACUCGCAACCGCGUGGACUGGCUUGUCCAAUCUCGUCCUUGAAUACGCACAUGCACUCGCCGCAUGUUUGCGGUAUUAGUUUGGGGUGUGCGUUUUCAGGUUUCCUGGGCCGGUGGAAUAGAUGUUGGGUUUGGAGGGCAGGGCAGGAAGGUCGCCGAACCGCACAAGGAAGGGAGUGCGCUGCUGACAUGGCUAAUGGAGGGGCGGCAUGUGUGGCUUCUGGUGGGUUUUUGCGCUCGCAAGGGAAACAUACGUUCUGUACUGCGCGGUGGGCAUGCAUAUUUGCUAUGGCUGCGGCGCACUAAGGAAGCAAACACGAUAGCAGCUGGAUUGAACCUGGCGUUGACCAUUGGUAUGGUCCGUUGGUGUCAGUAACGCGGCAUGUUGCCGUAUGUGGUGAUGAUAUUGACGCGGAGAUAUAUGGUUGCGCUGAGGCGCAUGGAGUUGUGAGGUGGAAACGUGCCAGCGGCUGCUAGGUUGGCAACGAAUACCACAGGUCUGAAUUGACAGACGGGAUGUCUUCAGGCCAAUGUCAAGGGCGGGGUGCAUUGGCAUGUUGCUGAGGGCUGAACUUUAUCCAAUGGCGCACCCCGGCACAGGCCGCACCGGUCUGCACGGGUGGUAGGGACUCGCAGCGGGGAAUAGGCCCGAGCCCAACGAAACAAGGGGCAGCCAGGACGCAUGCGCCAUCUCAUCACGCGGCCAUCUGGUCACAACACACACCUGCACGAAUGCCAGCCUGCGUGUGUGGGGUAUGAAAGGCAUUAGGAGAGGGGCUGAUGGUGGUGACUGGUGAGCACUUCCGCAGUAGCAGGAGUGCAGGUGCAAGCAGGUGCACACACGGUGCCGUUUGCAGUCUGGUGACUGGGGCAGCGUGGCGCAUCUUGAGGAGGGCAGGGUUACACGUGCGUGUGCGCGCGGCAGGGAGCACGGUGAGCAUCCCAGGUGUGCGUGUGCAUGCUGCAGCAACAGAGCUGUUGGGGGUGGCGGAAAGCCGGGGUAUGGAUGCCGACAACGUACCGUACCUUUACGCAAUCACCGCGCACCCCCCUGAAAAUUUUAAUUAUUUUCGCACCGCGCACCCUUAAAAUGUUAAUUACUUUGCACCGCGCACCCCCACUUGGGGCUGUUUCACACUUCCGCGCACCCAAGACAUGCGCAUUUCAUACGCAGUUCAGACGCCUUGUAACUGGCAACCCACCAUACGUCUCCUCGCCUCGCCUCAGUUGCCGUUAGCCUCUAGCGAUAUGGAUAUGGAUACCGUAUAAAGCACAGGUGGCGAAACUGGGGGGUUUUAGCGAUUUUUCGUUGAAUGCACGCCCAUCCGGGUAAAUUUGCACCACCGCGCACCCCCUCCAAGAUAAUUAUGACAACUCCGCGCACCCCCCCCCCUGGGGUGCGCGGUACUGCAGCAUUCGGG